CUGUUACGAAAGAAUCGUCACUGAUGAUCUGAUCAAAGUAUACAAUCAGCUGUCCUCGGAGGGCCGCGAUUUCGAGAUUGUCUUCGUGUCAUGUGAUUCAUGCGAGGAGACCUUUAAUAGGUACUUCUCAGAUAUGCCUUGGUUGGCAGUCCCAUUUGCGGACUCCGACACACGCGAAAGGCUACAUGAUCAUUUCGGCAGUUUCGAGGAGUAUUAUCCCGCUCAGCUUAUCAUCUAUGAUGCCUCUAUUGGCAUGGUCGUUAACGAAGAAGGUCUCCGAGCUGUGGCAAAAUAUGGUGUAAACGGGUAUCCAUUUACUGUUAAGAGGUUCUACGAGUUGGAGGCGGCUGCUAAGAAGGAACGGAGUCUUCGAAGUCUGUUGGUUUCGCCGUCCCGGGACUACUUGAUCUCCAAUGAUGGAUCCAAGGUUGCCGUGUCGGAUCUCGAAGGAAAGAUUGUGGCUUUUUACUUCUGGUAUAAUAUUCCUGAUAAAUACGGCCGUCCCAAUAAGUUGACUCUGGUGCUGGCUGAAAUCUAUAGGAAGCUUAAGGAAGCCGGGGAGAGCUUCGAAGUUGUGCUGGUGCCAUUAGAUGAUGAUAAAUCAUCCUAUGAACAAGGCCUGGCAAGCAUGCCAUGGCUCGCGAUUCCUUUCGAAGACGAGGGCUGUGAGAAGCUUGUCCGCUACUUUGAGCUCUGGCCCUUCCAAUUACCAACCGUGCUUGUGAUCGGUGCCGAUGGGAAGAUUAUGCUUAAAAAUUACGAUAGGCUCAUCUCCAAGUAUGGAGUUUUAGCAUGGGAAGCAUUCCCGUUCUCUAAGGAGCAACUGGAUUUAUUGCCAGAGAAGGCAAAGGCUGCACAAACACUGGAAUCUCUUCUUGUUGCUGGGGACCUCGAUUAUGUCAUUGGGAAAGAAGGCUUGAAGGUUCCAGUGAAGGAGCUUGUUGGCAAGACCAUCCUCUUCUUCUUUGCAAUGAGUGAUUCGUUUCAUUGCCAGAAAUUUCUUCCCAAGCUGAUCGAGGCAUAUCACAAGAUCAAGCGCAUGGACAGUGCUUUCGAGGUGAUCUUCGUCCCUAUGGGCUAUAUGGAUUCGGGUGCUUUUGAGUUCUUCUUUCGCAUGCCUUGGUUGGCGGUGCCGGUGGAUGAUGACAGAAUAGGAUCUUUGGAGAACACUUUAGAAGCUCAUUACGUCAACACCCUGGUUGUCAUUGGUCCUACAGGUCAAACGAUCACAAAGAACGCCGCAACUUCGUUGAAGAUGUAUGGAGCCGAUGCCUACCCGUUCAGUGAAGAGAGGAUCAAGGAGGUAGAGAUGGCACAAACAUUGGAAUCUCUUCUUGUUGCUGGGGACCUUGAUUAUGUAAUUGGGAAAGAAGGGUUGAAGAUGGGCAUUGUCGAUGGCUUAAUCUCUCAUCAUUGUGCUUCACAGGUUCCGGUGAAGGAGCUUGUUGGCAAGACCAUCCUCCUCUUCUUCUCGAUUCGCAGGUCCGGUACAUGUCGUGGAUUUCUUACCCAUCUGAUCGAGGAAUAUCACAAGAUCAAGCACAUGGAUAGUGCUUUCGAGGUGGUCAACAUCUCGAUGGACAAGGAUCAGGAUUCCUUUGAGGAGUUCUUCUCCGGCAUGCCUUGGUUGUCGCUGCCAUUCGGUGAUGAGAGGAAGAAAUCUUUGAAACGUACUUUCCAAGCCGAUAUCAUCUACCCCUCCCUGGUUGCCAUUGGUCCUACAGGUCGAACUAGCACAAGGAACGCCAUGCAUUCGUUGGCGACCCAUGGAGCCGAUGCCUACCCGUUCAGCGAAGAGAGGAUCAAGGAGUUGGACCAGAAGAUAGACGAGAUGGCAAAAGGAUGGCCUGAGAAGAGGAAGCAUGAGCAACACAAGCAUGGGAAGUUGGAGUGGAGCUGCCUGCAUGGCCUGUAUAUGUGUCGUGACUGCCACAAGAUUGGAAGUGGAUGGUGCUACUUGUGCUCCAUGUGCAGUUUCGGUCUCCACCCCAAAUGUGCACCGAAGGAGGAGAAGAAGGAGGAGGAAGAACAUGAUGAAGGAUCUGAGUGUGAUGGAGAGGUUUACAACGAUUUCGAAGAUUCUGAAGAUUCUGAAGAUUCCGAAGAUUUCGAAGAUUCUGAGGAUUCUGAAUAAGAAUAAGAAUAUGUA